AUGUUUGGAUGGUCAAAUAGUUCAAUAAAAAAUGUAUCAAAAUGUGCUUCAUAUUGGAGAAAUUAUAAAGAUGAAAAAGGAGAAAAAAAAUUUCACAUUCUUUAUUACGUUGCACCUGUUUUUCCUUAUUUUUAUUAUCCUUUAUCAGCUGAAAAUUUAACUGAAAGUUUUAUUCCAUUUCUACAAGAAUUUGGUGUUUUAUCAUCUUCUUUGGCUUCGAAUGAGAAGAAACCUUUAGUUAUUGCACACGCAUUUUCAAAUGGUGGAACAAUGGGAAUGGUUGCAUUAAUAAAUGCUUGUAAAAAACACAAUUUCAAUUUGAGUUAUGACGCA